CCCAACGAAAAAAGAAAGAAAAAUCAAUGAAGUCAAAUCCGAUAAUUGAUGAGUCUAUCUCUACGAAUUCGGAGGAGAAUGAUACUUUAAAGCUGCAAAAUAUUCUAGAAAGUGGCGAUACCUUACCCGUAAUAAAGCAGUUAUAUUCACCUGACGCUAAAGAGCGUGCGUGGGCUUCAAGUUGUUCUUCAAACCUCAUACUGGGUGACAAAAAAAUUCGCCGUCUACUACUAUCUCAAAAUCUUAUUAGUGCUCUCAUUGAGCGAUUGACCGAUGAUUACGAAAUAACACAAGAAGCUCUUGGCACAUUAAGAAACCUUACGGUCGUUGGUGAGCAUGAGAUCUGUGUCGAAAUGUAUAGAAAAGAUAUACUCACUCCACUGAUGGCAUUAGUUCCAAAGGUUUCUGAAAUUAUCGAUAAUAUUCUUAGAGGAGUUCCUGCUGAAUCAGAUUCAAUUGCAGAUGCGAGAAAAACUAUAUGGAAAUUUGCGGAAAAUAUUAUCUGUAUAAUUUGGGCAUUAAG